AUGUGGGCCGGCGGGAAGAUUGCUGGGUUCGCGAUAAGGUCAGCAGCAGCAUUAGCGACCAAAGUGGAGCUACAGAGCAUGAUCCCCAUAGUGGUAGUCGAAACAGCCUUUUCCGCCCCCCGCCGCGCCCCGCCGUCUCUCCCCUCGCCGGCCCCCGCCGUCCGUGUUAAAGCAACGGGAGGGCUUGUAGCGGGGGCCGAGGGAACAUCGUCAUACCAGCAGGUAACAAAACCAUUGCAUCCCUCCCGCUCUAACGGCACGUUCUCCUCUUUCUCUUCCGUGCUGGUUUCGUUCUCUUCUAUCGUGCUGGUUUCGUUCUCUUAUAUCGUGCUGGUUUCGUUCUCUUCUAUCGUGCUGGUUUCGUUCUCUUCUAUCGUGCUGGUUUCGUUCUCUUAUAUCGUGCUGGUUUCGUUCUCUUCUAUCGUGCUGGUUUCGUUCUCUUCUAUCGUGCUGGUUUCGUUCUCUUCUAUCCGUGCUGUAGCUGCAUCUGGCGAUCAUCCACAGCAUCCCCUUGCCACUUUUUCUCCUUCUAGCAACUUGCUGAUUCUCCUUUCUCCCUCCUCUGCAGAGCGCUGGCAGUACGUGCAGCAGCAGCUGGCAAUCAUUCGCAGCCAAAUACCUCCACCGACGCUCAAAUCGCCCCCACCACAGCCACAGUUGGUGUGGCAGAAAACAACGCCAUCAUCACCAUCACCGUCACCAUCACCAUCACCACCAACACCAUCAGCAACCCCAUCAAUCGAUGGGGGAGUGUUUGCAGCAGCAGGAACGCGUCUAGGGAAGGAUACCACUCAAGACGACUCUCCUUACAGGAAACCCGGGCUGCUUCGGCCAGAGCAACCAGAUCUGGUCCUACCACCAACGGGGAACACAGCAGCGCUGAUGACAGGGCAGCAGGAUACAGUGAAUCUGGACAAGGGCGGCGAGGAGCAGCGCACAGAGGAGUGGUACGCUCUGAGAGCCAACCGGCUGACAGCCAGCGCGUUUGAGAAGGCCGUGGGGUUCUUUCCGGGGGGCCGGCAGCAGUUGUGGGAGGAGAAACUGGGUCUGAGGGCGCCGUUCGCUGGGAAUGAGGCGACCGCGUGGGGGCAGGGGAGGGAGGAGGAGGCUCUGAGGGAGUAUGAACGGCUGACAGGGGGGCAGGUCGAGCACAGGUCGUUCCAGGUGAGGGCGUGUGUGGUGUAA